AUGCGCCUUGCUAGCACUUUUUGGGCUGUUGAUAAGCUCUAUAUCUUGGAUGUAGCGGAUAUCUCCAUGGCGCCAAAAAAAGAGUCAGGUAGUACCAAUCGCAUCACCAUUACUCUCAAACUAUCUCACAUCGAGGUCGCUCUUGACAAUGGCAUUUUGGUCAUUGUCAACAAAGCAAAUGCGAGGAACACAUUUAUCGAGCCGUUCGUCCAAGAGCUUAUCCAAGCUUUCGAAUACGCCGAUAGGGACGACAGAGUCCGUGUUGUUGUUUUCACAGCUGACCAUACUGUCCCUGCGUAUUGCUCCGGAGCAGACUUAGCCGAAGAAUGGCAUCUAGGCGGUGUCGAUCCAAACGCCGUUGCGGAUCACGAUUAUCGAAACUCUGGAGGCAGAGUUUCUUUAGCAAUCCUUCGGUGCCGGAAGAUCACCAUCGCUGCCGUUAACGGUAACGCAGUUGGUGCGGGCGCGACAGCGUUACAGCUACCAUUUGACUUCCGCUUCGCAUGGGCAGGCACGAAGACCGCCUUCCCUUUUGCCAGCCGCGCAGUGUCACCAGAGGGAGUCUCCUCUUUCUUAUUACCCCGCUUCCUCGGUUACUCGGCGGCAGCGGCGCUCCUUUUGUCUGGGCAAAUAUUUUUGCCCACCCACCCCCUUCUGGAGCGACUAUACUUUGCCGUUCUACCCAAGCGCGAAGACGUCCUGCCUGCAGCGUUGUCAUUCGCCAAGGAACUAGCGUCUUCCACAUCCAUGCCUUCGAUUGUUGCUACGAAGGCCUUACUGCUCCACCCGCCGUCAAGUGCAGAGGAUGCACAUAUUAUAGAGUCAUAUCUAUUCAAAAAAAUGAUCACAGGCAAUAGAAACGAUCUUAUCGAAUGGACGAAAUCAUUCAAGGAAAGAAGGCCUGCAGUGUUCAUCGACACAGUGGAUCACAUGAAAGAGUGGGCCCCUUGGUGGAAGUCGUUGAACGAUACGCCCAGCGCAGCGAAACUGUAA